AAACUUUUCUUUUUUCGUUCAUUGAUAUUGGUAUUUGGUAUAUUCAUCUCCCUCUUAGCACCCCUUAUUAGUAUUAUUACACUCUCUCUCCGCGUUAAAAAAACUAUCUCUGAACUUUCCUAGUUAUUACAAUUUAUUACACAACCCAUCUCUCUUUCUGGUUUCGCUUAGAUUUAGAAACACAGACUUUUCCAAAGUGCUCGCUCGUUUACCUCAAACCUCAAAGAAAAAAAAACAUUGAGUUAUCACUUGUUUUCUUUUUUGGGAAGACAAAAACAUUGAGUUCAGAUUCUCACUUCCAUGGCUGAGGCCAGACUCUACGCUCCCCCCUCUCAAUUGGAUAUUAAGCAAAUUAUUUUAGAAGCACAGCAUCGAUGGCUACGUCCGGCUGAAAUUUGUGCAAUUCUCGGUAAUUAUAAGAAGUUUCGAAUUGCUCCAGAACCUGCACAUAUGCCACCAAGUGGUUCACUUUUCUUAUUUGAUCGGAAGGUGCUGAGACACUUCAGAAAGGAUGGCCAUAACUGGAGGAAGAAAAAAGAUGGAAAAACAGUGAGAGAAGCUCAUGAGAGACUAAAGGCUGGAAGUGUGGAUGUGUUGCAUUGCUACUAUGCCCAUGGAGAAGAAAAUGAAAAUUUUCAAAGACGCACAUAUUGGUUGCUUGAAGAGGAACUCUCUCACAUUGUUCUCGUCCAUUAUCGACAAGUGAAGGGAACCAAGGCGAAUUUUACAAGUGCUAAAGAAAAUGAAGAAUCUCUUCCUUAUGCUCAACAAACUGAUAAAAUUAUGCCCCAAACAGAGAUGGACACUUCUUUAUCAUCUACUCUUCAUCCACAUAGUUACCAGGUUCCUUCAAAAACUGUCGAUACAAGCAUGAACAGUGCCCAAACAUCAGAAUAUGAAGAAGCUGAAUCUGCAUUCAAUAACCAUGCAAGUUCUGAGUUUUAUUCUUUCCUCGAGUUACAACGCCCUGUUGAGAAGAUUUCACCUCAACCUGCUGAUUUUUAUUCUCCUCGGCCACUCAUAAAUGAUCAAGAGAAGUUACCUAUUAUUCCUGGGGUGAAUUAUAUCUCACUCACUCAAGACAAUAAAAACAAAGACAUUCUUAAUGCUGGAUUGACAUAUGAAUCCCCAAAACCCCUUGGCUUUUACUCAUGGGAAGGUAUCUUAGAAAAUAAUGCUGGAAGUCAACAUGUGCACUUUCAGCCUUUGUUUCCUGGAACACAGCCUGAUAACAUGGGAAUCAAUAGCAAUUUUUCUCAAGGAGAAGAGAUAAUGGUGCCAUAUUUGACCACCAGCAUUGCUAAGCAGCAUGAGAAUGGAAGUAUCAUUAAAGCUGAAGGAAAUUGGCAGGUUUAUGAUGUUGAUUCUUUACGCAUGUCCAGUUGGCCUAUAGAUAGUGCUUAUUCAGGCUCAACAUGUGAGGUAAGUUGUAGCAACCGUGAGCAGGAAGUUAAUGAUGUUGAUUUUCAGAAAUCCUUGGAACAGUGUCUUCUACAUUCACACAAACAAAACAAGGUUCUCAUGCAAAAUGAUCUUCAAGAAAAACUUUUGAAUGAAAAAGAAAAGAUAAAAUCAAAUCUAGAGGCCUAUGGAAUAGAAGACACAUAUUUAUCUUUUAAAAGGACUCUGUUAGAUGGACCUCCAGCUGAAGAGGGUCUGAAGAAGCUUGACAGUUUCAACCAAUGGAUGAGUAAAGAGCUUGGAGAUGUGGAAGAAUCAAAUAAACCAUCCACUUCUGGUGGUUAUUGGGAUACAGUUGAAACUGAAAAUGAGGUUGGCAACACAACUAUUCCUUCCCAAGGGCACCUGGACACCUAUGUAUUGGAUCCAUCUGUUUCCCAUGAUCAGCUUUUUAGCAUUAUUGACUAUUCCCCAAGCUGGGCAUUUGAAGGGUCAGAAAUUAAGGUUAUCAUUUCUGGAGAAUUCCUAAGAAGUCAACAUGAAGCAGAACAAUGUAAGUGGUCAUGCAUGUUUGGUGAGGUAGAAGUGCCAGCAGUGAUCAUUGCAAAAGGUGUUCUUUGUUGUCAUACACCUCCACACAAGGCUGGGAGGGUACCUUUCUAUGUAACUUGUUCCAAUAGGUUAGCAUGUAGUGAAGUGAGAGAAUUUGAUUUCCAAGUCCACUAUACUCCAGAAGACACUACAGGUGAGAAUAGAGGAAGCACUUUUGAUACUUUUAGUAUCCGAUUUGGAGAACUUUUGUCCCUGGGGCAUGCCUUUCCUCAGAAUUCAGAUUCAAUUAGUGUAAGUGAGAAAUCUCAACUGAGAAGUAAAAUCAAUUCUUUACUGAGGGAGGAUGAUGAUGAUUGGGACAAGCUACUAAAACUUACUCAAGAGAAAGAUUUUUCUCCAGAAAAUUUACGGGAGCAGCUGCUUCAAAAUCUUCUGAAAGAUAAGUUACAUGCAUGGCUCCUUCAGAAAAUAACUGAAGAAGGGAAAGGCCCUAAUGUAUUAGAUGAGGGUGGCCAAGGUGUGCUUCAUUUUGCAGCUGCUCUUGGCUAUGAUUGGGCCCUAGAACCCACAAUAGUUGCUGGUGUGAAUGUGAACUUUCGUGAUGUAAAUGGAUGGACUUCUCUUCAUUGGGCAGCAUUUUGUGGCAGGGAGCGCACAGUUGCUUUCCUCAUCUCUCUCGGCGCAGCACCCGGAGCACUGACUGAUCCAUGUCCAGAACAUCCUUCUGGUAGAACACCAGCUGACCUAGCUUCUGCAAAUGGACACAAAGGAAUUGCAGGGUAUCUUGCUGAGUCUUCACUAAGUGCACACCUCACAACUCUCGAUUUGAACAGGGACGCGGGAGAAAAUUCCGGAGCAAAAGUAGUCCAAAGACUCCAAAACAUUGCUCAAGUUAAUGAUCUUGAUGGUUUAUCAUAUGAACUGUCAUUGAAAGAUUCACUGGCUGCAGUGUGUAACGCCACCCAAGCCGCAGCUCGUAUUCAUCAAGUUUUCAGAAUGCAAUCAUUUCAGAGAAAACAACUGAAGGAAUAUGAUGAUGACAAACUUGGAUUAUCUGAUGAGCGUGCUCUUUCACUCAUAAAAAUGAAUGUGAAAUCACACAAGUCUGGACCACGUGACGAGCCUGUCCAUGCUGCUGCAAUAAGAAUCCAAAACAAAUUCCGCAGUUGGAAGGGAAGAAGAGAAUUUUUAAUGAUUCGACAACGCAUAGUAAAAAUUCAGGCUCACGUGAGAGGUCACCAGGUCAGGAAAAGCUGUGGGAAGAUAAUUUGGUCCGUUGGAAUCUUGGAGAAGGUUAUUUUACGUUGGCGUCGAAAAGGUAGUGGCUUGCGUGGAUUUAAACCGGAGGCCAAUUCUGAGGGAACUAUGAUACAAGAUGUAUCUUCAACAGAUGAUGACUAUGAUGUCUUAAAAGAAGGCAGGAAGCAAACAGAGCAAAGGUUGCAGAAAGCCCUAGCUAGGGUGAAGUCAAUGGUUCAAUAUCCAGAGGCAAGAGACCAAUACCAUAGGCUGUUGAAUGUUGUAACUGAGAUCCAAGAAAAUCAGGUAAAGCAUGAGAGCAGUUCUAACAAUUCAGAAGAACCGAGAGAAUUCGGUGACCUCAAUGAUCUUGAAGCAUUGUUGGACGAAGAUAUUUUCAUGCCUACAGCAACUUAAAAUUUCAUUGUUAAGGGGUGAUUUAGAAUUUCACAGCUGAGUUAGGUGAUCAACUGUCUCACUUUGAUUGUUAUAGUAAAUUAGUAAUCUUAAUUCUCAUUCUUUUGUUGUUAA